CACUUUUCGGCAUGCAGAGUCUCCACUCUCACCCUAACAACUACCAGCGCAUCGACCACGAGAUCGAGGCGCUGAACUCCGAAACGGGCGUAUCAAGUGACGUCUGCCUGCCACCAUUCGGUGUGCUCAUCGAUAAUUGGAUAGUGCACCUUCCCCAACAUCUUCGGGAGGUUGUGGAAAGUCGUGUCGCUCUACUUCAAUCUAAUCCUGAUCACGAGCUUCGGGGAACCCUGUCCAACUUGAAGUUCCAUGAUUUGUUACGAUGCCCCGAACAACUUUUGACUACCGUGUUGCAAUCGCGACCCUCAGCCAGACAAACACAUGUAACGAUCCAGCGCACAUUAUCAGAGCCCGCGGACAUCCACGGCAACCUCGCCCAGAUAAUUUGGAACAACGACGGCUCUAGCGAGGCAAUUCUCAGUAUGGCCGAUGUCGUCUUCGUUGCAAUGCGACGCGUGGCAGGCGUUGGUACGAACAAGUGGCAAUUCGAUGAAGAGGUUAUUCUUGAUCGUUACAUGGCAGACAACAUUGCAUGGGCGACGCAGCUGCGGGCGCAAGAGCACCUGGUGAAGACUGACCAGCAGCGGUUACAGGACCAGAUUGAUGCAUUGUCAACUUUCCGAGGCCAGAGCCUGCCGGACGCACUCGCUGCUUUAGUUAAAGAAUUAGAGCACGACUCUGAGCGCGACGGGCGCGCCGAUAUCAAACACGAGUUGGAGCGCGUCGCGGAGGUUAUCGGCACCAAACUUAACACGCUCAAGUCGCAGGCGGAGGAAAUGCAGACGAACAUUAAUGAGGGGCUGUUCGCGACUGACGACGAAGAGCGGUGCCAGCAUCGUUACGGUCUGCGCGCCGUCUUGUGGCACGACGGCUUCUCGCCUCCCGUCAGCCGCUUAUACUCCUAUGUGCACUGGAAGGCGAACUGGUGGAAGAUUGAGGAUCUGUCCAUUACGAAGGUGGACUUCGAAACAAUCCAGAAUGACAACACGGGGGCAUUUACAGACGGCGGCCCGUACUUGCUCAUCUACUCACGGCUGGGGCCGCGUCCACACGGUCACUCACGUGAGGAGCAGCAGGCCGCAGAAGAGGACAACAUGGACAUCGAGUCCACUGCCGGCUCCACGGAUACACUGCCUACUGCGCGGAGAAUGGAACGUCAGCCCGACCUGCUAAUGGAGAACGACGAGGGAAUCAGAUUGGAUGGCGACUCAGCUUUGGCUGAGAGCAAGCCUCGGCCGCAGCUUCCGCGGCGACCAUCGUCCAUAUCUGCGGCAGCGCAGGUCCCACUCUCUCCCACAUCCCAUCAAGAGGUCGACAUGCGGGACGAUGAGUGUCCGGAGGAUCACCACGCGCUCACAGUGGACGAUAAGAAUGAGUGGGAAGUAGUUGAGGACGAGGAGCACCCUAGGCCAGUGCAUGCGGCGACGUGAUGGAGGCUUUUGCACAGCGUCUACAUGUACUAUUGAAUCAUGAUCAUCCACGCAAG